UUGAAUAAAACACCGGCAAUGGUAACUGCUUUUGCAUAAAAUAUAUAAUGUAGUGAUCUAUCAUUUAGCUUAAAUGGAUUUGUAUGUCAUAUUUUAAUGUAUUCUUCCAAUGUGACGGAAUGUGCACGUUUAUUUCUGCAUUUGAACUGGUAGAAUUUAAAUCGCGGCUAAUUGUACGAGUUGUAAUGGAGGUAUAUUACAGCAAAGUGUAACUUCAUGGUGCUUUUUAUUUAAAUAAAGUAUAGUGAAUUGAAUUAAUAAACGAAUAUUUGCAACGAACAGAAAUUUGCGUCCCAUAGAUGUUGUAAGAACGAGACAUUUCUGUAUGGAGUAACACGCUUUUAAGAAAGGCAUUGCAAAGCUGUUCUAGGGCACUCUGGCAUGGGCGGUGAUUGUUGCAGAGUUAUGAAGAAUAGUUUUCCGAAGUAAAUGCAGUAUUGUCUAGAAGGAGCUCAGGGCGUCAAAAACUUUCAAUCAAUACACAUUUUACUGACUCAGUGUACUUUUUAAGCAUUGACUGGCAUUGUUUAUUCAACAAUAUCUUUGCGAGUGAAUGUCAAUCAUCAGACCGUCUACGCUUCAAAACAAGGGAUUGCGUGUUCUCUCAUUAAAAUUACCAGGACACAGGAAUGAUGUUCAUAAUGGAAGUAAAUCCCUAUUUGAUCCUAGGUUUGCUGGGAAUGUUCGUUAUCUUUAUAUACAGAUACAUGGUAGAGACAUACUCUACGCUUGAGAAGCUUGGUAUACCAGGUCCUAAACCUGUCUGGAUAUUUGGCAAUGUUCUGGAGUUCAAAGGAAAGAAUGUUUUAAAUGUGUUUAAUGAAUGGAAACAGAAAUUCGGAAGUGUAUAUGGAUUCUACGAAGGCUUGCGUCCAUGUAUCGUUGUGAAUGACGUCGACUUUGCCAGGGACGUUCUUAGCAAACACUUCGAAAAGUUUCAUAUGCGUACUAGUUUUCGCCCCUUCGUAUACUAUCCGGAAAACCUCCGACUUAUUGAAAUAGACGGAGAACAUUGGAAAAAACAACGUGCUGUCUUAAACAAAAUGCUGAACUCUUCGGAUACUAUAAAACGAGUUGUUGACAAAAUGCGAAUAGCCUCAGACAGAAUGCUGCAACAGUUGUCGGAACAACUGAAAAAUUCAGCGGAAGAAAUCAACAUUGCCAAGGUAAUAGACAGAUACGUGUCUGAAGGUGUCUUGCGUGUUGUAUUGGACAUGGAUGACGAACAGCUGGCAGUAUAUCAGGACUCUAUCAAUAACUACGAAGCACUCAGUAAUUGGUCAUCAUCGGCGGAAAAUGAAGUUGCGGGUUUAGCUCGACUAUUUCCGAUUAUUACACCACUUCUUAAACUUUCCGACAAGAAACACAAGGAUGCGCAUGAAGAAGUUGUAAAUAUUCUCAGAGAAUUUCUUAGAAAUACUCUCACUGGUCAGAACAACAAUAAAUUGAAAGACGAUGACCAUGCUAGCUUAUCAUCAUUUCUUCUCUCCUCCAUGGUGCCAUGUCGGGAUAUAGAUGGCAAACUAACACGUCGGGGCUUGACAGUGGACGAAACAAUCGCUCAUAUUCUAUCUCUUUUAAGCGAAAUGUAUUCAGCUACAUCGGCGAUUAUUCAGUUUAUUCUUUAUGAACUUGCGUGCAACAAAAACUGCCAAGAUAAACUUCAUGACGAAAUAUACAGCUUGUGUGGAAAGGACGCAGAUAUCUCAUUGGCUAAGUUACAAAACACUGAAUAUUUGGACAUGAUUUUCAAUGAAACAUACCGCCAUCAUCCCAUCGCACCUGGUAUCUCGCGUGUUUGUACUGAAAGCUGUACAAUUAGGAAUGUGCCGUUCAAGAAAGGCAUGGUUGUCCGGGUAAUGACGAGUCCUAUGUACAGAGACGAAAGUUUGUUUCAUCAGCCGGACAAAUUCAUUCCGGAAAGGUUUUCCAAGCAGAAUAGAUUAGAAAGUCAUCAAUACAGAUUUCUUCCGUUUGGCCAAGGUCCAAGAAUGUGCCCGGGACCAAAACUGGCAAUGAUACAAGUGAAAACAGCGAUAGUACACAUUAUAAGGAACUACACGUUAACUACGUGCAAACAUACUGAGAUUCCACUAACGGAAGCGUUACGUCCGUCACUAACGCCUGCAAACGGAGUUUGCAUUAAAAUGAGUAGGCGGAUUUGAGACAUAUUUGCUGUUUUCGGCGUCUUGAAGAGCUGGAUAUAUCCGUGUAAUCUAUGUCUAGACAUGAACUACUUUGUUCCUCAACUUUUUAUGAGCUUUGACUGAGUCCGUAAUAUUGUAAAACUAUAAGAUAUGUAACUUCCUCUUGUGUGAAACAUGGCAAAGAUGUUGCUUUUGGAACCUUUGAAGAAAAUGCUCAAACAUCAAAUCUGGUGUUCAGAUCUCAUAAAGGUGAACCAUAAGAAAACAUGGUACAUGUACAUACAUUAAAGCCACUUAAAAUGUAAUGGACAGAUGUGUUCACUUUAUUUUAUUAUACACAAGAUAUUUGGUUUAAACAUAUUUUAUUUAUAAGUUAUUACAUGAAUAAUAUACAGCAAUUGAGAUAAGGGAAUUGGACAGAAAGCUAAUUAGCUUACGGUUGUCCUUUCACAAGAUAUUUCCUAUGUAGUGUUUUUGUAUAUAUAUUAUGUAUACCCAGAUGUCUUCAUAUACAUUUGAUCAAUUUUCAUGUGAAUAUUUAUAGUAUGUCUAUGUCAUAACAAUUUGUAUUUCUGUGUAUUUCUACUAGUAUUGCAAACUAAAUGGCAUGUUGAGGUAAAAUGGCUUAUAAAUUUAUUAUUGUUUACAAUUCAAUAAUACACUGUACAUAUUGCACUGUAAGAUUCACUCUUUCUCAAAUUGUGUUUUCAGUGAUUGCUGUUACAAAUUUGAGCCGUACCAUGAGAAAACCAACAAAGUGCAUUUGCGACCAGCAUGAUCCAGACCAGCCUGCGCAUCCGCGCAGUCUGGUCAGGAUCCAUGCUGUUCGCUAACGGUUUCGUUUCUCUAAUUGUAAUAGGCUUUUAAAGCGAACAGCAUGGAUGUGCAGGCUGGUCUAGAUCCAUGCUGGUCGCAAAUGCACUAUGUUGGUUUUCUCAUGGUGCGGCUCAUUUGUUGUUGAUCAUAUUUGGACGACGUGCUUUAUUAUAAGACUUUGUACUUGUUUAUCUAUCUAUUGUAUAUAACAUUAGCAAAAAGAAUUUUUUUUUAAAUAAGAUAUAAAUAACAGUUCCAGAUAAUAUAUUGGCAAAUAAAGCAUUUUAACAACUUU